UGAAUACUGGUAUCUACUGCUCCACAUCAUCCAGCCACGAACAGAUCAUACAAACACAGAAGAUGUAAUAAACAUGUUGUAAUCUCUCUAUAAUUUCUUGAUAGAGAUUGAAGCUUCUGAUUGUAAUGAUCCGUGAGUUACUGAGUGUUUCCAGCAUCGUUUAGUGGAGAAGGGAAGUCUGUUCCUGAGGAUCAUCUGCGACAUAGAUCCGCCCGGAGCAGCGCUGGCGUCCGUGUGUUUACUCCCUCUGAAAAGUGUCUCAAUUCAAAGGCAGUAGAACCCACUAGAGCCGCUGUUGGACUCUGGUUCCGUCCCCAGAUGUGUCUGCUACCAUCGACAUAUCUAGUUUACUGAAUUCGAACCGGUUUAAUAGUUUUUUGGAGACGAAACGUGGAGAAAAGUCGCUGCGAGUUGCACAAAGUCACCGUGAAUCCGGGAGGUUUGAAGCCUGCUGGGACUCACUGGAGGAGCCCAGGAAGACAAACACGGGCUCAGUGUGGAGGGACACGGGUGUCCUCUCCGCUCCCGUGCAACUCGUGAGUGUACAUUGUAGUUUUGUGUGUUUUAUGUGUCCUAGAAGUGGAAGAGAAAACACAAAGUGAGGCUGCAGGAGAGGCGGCGGCAGAGCGGCGCGGCGCGUUGCUUCUCUACGGUUCUCAUGGCCGCUGUAAGCCCCGCCUCCUGCUGCGCGUUGCUUCUCUACGGUUCUCGUGUUCGCUAUAAGUUCCGCCUCCUGCCGAUCAGACCAGAUCUUACGCUCAGAUUCCACAUCUGAUACUGAACAUGGCUGAGGAAGCUCCAGUAGCAGCGGCUCCGGCUAAAGCUCCGGCGAAAGCCCCGAAGAAGAAGAGCGCUCCCAAGGCGAAGAAAGAUGGACCCACUCUCCCGAAGCUCAUCGUGGCCGCCGUGGCCGAGUCCAAGGAGCGCAAGGGAAUGUCUCUGGCGGCUCUGAAGAAGGUGCUGGGCGGCAAAGGCGUCGAUGUGGCCAAGGCGAACAAGCGCAUCAACACCGCCGUCACCAAGCUCGUUACCAAGGGCACCCUGGCCCAGACCAAAGGCACCGGGGCCUCCGGCUCCUUCAAGCUCGCCAAGAAGGAGCCCAAAGCCGCCGCCAAGCCCGCAAAGAAGGCCGUGAAGAAGAAGGCAGCCACCAAGGUAAAGAAACCCGCUGCCGCCAAGAAGACCGCUUCGGUUAAGAAGACACCCGUCAAGAAAACACCCGUCAAGAAGUCGCCCAAGAAGAAGGCAGCGGCCAAGAAACCCGCCGCCGCCAAGAAGGUGGUGAAGAAGAGCCCCAAGAAGGCCGCCGCUAAGAAGCCAAAGGCGGCAGCCAAGAAGACUCCCGUCAAGAAGGCUCCAGCCAAGAAGACCGCAGCCAAGAAGGCCAAGAAAUAAAGCUCUCCUCUGGGAAACUGCAAACAAACAAAGGCUCUUUUAAGAGCCACCACAUCCUCCCCUAAAGAGCUGUCUGCUUACAUCCACAUUAAUUCAUAAAAUAACACAGUAACACUACAGACAAGUUAGUGAAAACGUGUAUAUACAAGUGAAAUAUGUAUAUAUUUAUACAGAUGGAUAUUGGUAUUAUUUUAUGUAUAUGUUAAAUACAGUAUAUGUUGCACACUCACCUGUAUACGUAGUCUCACGUCAGUAAAUAAUGUACAUAUGCUAUAAAACUAAUGUGUGUGUGUGUGUGUAUAUAUAUAUUUUUUUAUCUUGACAUUUCUGUAAUUUAGUGCCUCUGAACUAAAAGUAUUUUACAAACAUAUGGAGUCAGUUAGUGCAAUAGUACAAACACGUCGAGCUCCUGAACAACAUGAUGACUGGAACCAAAAACAGUGUGUCCAUGAAAACACAUUUAAUAUUACUAGUAAUGAUGAUAAUCUCCAUUCAUCAUACUCGUGCAUCAGGGACGUACACAUCACUCAGCCUCAUUUAGUCCUUAGGAGUUUGGAUCAGCCUGGAAUGUGAUUUCCUACUUUUAUUUGGAGUAUGAUUCCAAAGCCAGACCUUCAUGGGAUAAUAAUGUGGAUUUACAUUGGUCAUUUUUCUGUACUUA